GCCACUGAUUUCCAAGGACUCAACGGCGUGGUCAAGACUUGAGGAGCUUGACCCGCUCACGAGAGAGGACUUCGCUUGGAUGCCUCUACCCUCAACUGGAACCUUGCCAAGGCUGCAUUGUAAUGCCUUGAUGGCAAAUCUACGCUCCUACUUGCACGCUGCAGUACCAGCUCCGUUGAUGGACGGCGGAGUAGCGGUUGUCAAUCUCUGCUCCUAUCUUGCGAAGAUUGACCGCGAGUACGCCACCCAAAGGAUUCACGACGCCAUAGCUCGGAACGACGUCGAGGAAAUGGGCCUUGUUUUCCUACAUGCCCUCCCCUCGAUGGACGGACCAGCCGCGUUGCCGCUGGACCCACAUAUUACUCACCUCUUAGACAAAUAUGGAGACGUCUUCAAGGCUCCCACCACAACGGUUCCGGAUCGGCCCAUACGUCACCGGAUCACUCUCGAGGCGGGUGCCGUCCCUCCGCGUGGAUGCAUCUACCGCAUGAGCGAAGAGGAACUCGAGGUGCUUCGCGCACAACUCGAUGACCUUCUCGACAAAGGCUGGAUUCGCCCUAGUUGUUCGCCAUACAGAGCACCAGUUCUCUUCGUCCGGAAGAAGAACAAGGACCUACGAUUGUGCAUCAAUUAUAGAAAACUUAACACACAAAUCGUAAAGAACGCCGACCCUCUCCCCAGGAUUGAUGAUCUCCUUGAGCGGUUGGGCGGCGCGACGUACUUCUCGAAGUUGGACUUGAAGUUGGGUUACCACCAGAUUGAAAUCCAGCCUCAAGAUCGGUACAAGACCGCCUUCAAAAUGCGGUAUGUGCAUUUUGAGUGGGUUGUGAUGCCAUUUGGACUUACCAAUGCCCCGACAACCUUCCAAGCAGCCAUGACAACGGAGUUCCGAGACUUGCUCGAUCGUACCGUCCUCAUCUACCUCGACGAUAUCUUCGUCUAUAGUAGGACGCUUGACGAGCACCUCGUACACCUUCGUGUGGUGUUGGAUCAUUUGCGAGCAGCCAAGUACAAAGCAAACCGCGACAAGCGCGAAUUUGCAAAACAAGAGCUUGCGUACUUAGGUCAUUAUGUGGCACCGAAAGGCAUUUGUCCCUUAGCGGACAAGAUCCAAGCCAUCGUGGAUUGGCUGGAACCCCGUUGCAUGACGGACGUACGCUCUUUCAUGGGUUUGGCUGGAUACUAUCAGCGCUUCGUCAAGUCUUACUCCAAAGUGGCAGCUCCUUUGUCGAGACUUCAGUCCCCGAAGGUACCAUUCGAGUUCGACGACGCAGCUCGUGGCGCGUUCAAUACAUUGAAGGCGGCGAUGCAAGACGCACCGGCCCUCCGUAUCUAUGACCCCACCCUACCCACCCAAGUGACUACGGAUGCUUCCGGGUACGGUAUUGGUGCGGUACUGGAACAAUGCCACAUGGAUGGUUGGCACCCGGUCGAGUACUUCUCCCAAAAGGUGCCUCCCAUCAACACUCUCGACGACGCUAGGAAGAAAGAGCUACUCGCGUUCGUCACUGUUCUCAAACGGUGGCGCCACUUUCUUCUCGGUCGUCGGCGUUUUAGAUAGAACACGGACAACAAUCCGUUGACCUUCUACAAAACGCAGGACACGGUCACUAGCAUGAUCGGUC